UCAGAAUUGUGGACCAAGAGGGCGCCUUUCGUGGAGCUUGCGAGGGAGGAAACAUGCCUCUUUCUGAGAGUAAAAUCCUACAACCUUCCUGCAGCAGGAAACUAUGCAGAAAUCUCUUUGGACCAGUUGAUCAUGAACAGCUCCAGAAGGACUUUCAGUCCUUGAUGAAGAUCCAGCUGGAGGAAGCCCAGCAAAAGUGGAACUUUGACUUUGAAACAGAAACCCCACUGGAAGGGAAUUACAAAUGGGAAAAGGUCUCUCACCUAAAUAUGCUGCCAUCUCCAGAUCUCUUGGGCCACACAAAGGAGAACAGCUGUGCUGGGGAAAAGAGCCGGAGUUCUUCAGCACUCAUCAAGAGGCACACAAAGGCUGAGAGACCAAUGCAGGUGGGCCUUGAAGCUUGCAAGGCUGACUCCCCGAAGUCUUUGAAAAGAAAGCAGACAAGUAUUAAAGACUUCUACGGUUCAAAACGAAGAACUACCCCGUAUAAGUCAAAGCCAUGACAACUACACUGCAAGCAAAGUGCAUCCAUGUAGACUGUUGACUGAAGAUAUUGACCUGUCUUCAUCACUAUUAGCUGGAAUGACCUACUUGGGUACCACACCCAGUGAAGUCACCCAGGAUGGCUAUUCUGAAGGACCAGCUAAUCAGCAUUACAACUCCUUCUCUGAAGAUCCUCAGAGAUCUCUUACAUUACAUAAACUGUUUAGUGGACUAGUAUAACACUUCAGAAGGAUAUAGAUUUUUUUUUAGAUCAUCAGUAGCACUGGAGCUUUAUGUGCAAUGGAAUAUUGUAAAAUUUUACCUUUAAAUAAACAUAAACUUGCCAGGGGAGGGAUCAUAUCUAAAGGCCAAGUGUGUAGGGGUCAGUGUGAUGGAUACAAGAAAGGGCCAACGUAAGUUCUGCUAGUUGCAGAGAUCUGUUCUGUGUGUCAUCUACUUGUCACCUUUUAUGUGCCUCAGGAAAAGCUUGAUAUGAUGAUUCACUAUGUGGCUGCAGGUCUAGCAAUCAAUAUAUUUAUGAGAUAAUGUCUUAGGCUUGUGAUCUUCCUGUCUCUUUUUACUCCAUUAUGUUUAAACAAAUAUUGUAAGGGUCCUUUUUUCCUUUUUAAGCCUGGCAAGUGUCUUUUUUAAUAUGAAGAACCUGUGGCUAUGGUAUGUACAAAUGUGCAUCAAACCAUAGCAGUUAUGUAGCAUUGUAGUGAUUAGUGAGGGAAAACAGUGUGUGCUAGCAAGGUAUAAUCUUUGACUUUCCAUUGCCUUAUCUCACUGUGGCAUAGCACAUUGUGAUAGAUGUUGAUAAAAGGACUUGGCCCAGACUUGCUUUCUGUUCUCUGAGCUGUCUUUAAAUAAGAGGCAUUGCCAAACUGGCAAUUACAUCACUUAAAGCUACAGCUUAGUUACUUAGUGUGAGAUAAUCUAAUUCACAGAUUUCUUUUUGCUUGGAAUUUGGGGCUUUUAUAAAUAUUUGCUGUUGCACUUUCCUGUCAAAAAUCUAAAUCUUAAUCCUGGAUGCAGUAUAUUAUUAUAAUCAAAAGUGCAGGCCUUAUUAUAUUAUAAUCAAAACUUCAGAACCCCUCUUUAAUGGCAAUUUUGCUUGUAUCUUCAAUGGCUUCUUCACCUCCAUCUUGUUGUAAUAAUAAGGUAGGGUCAAUGUUCCAUUGUCAGAAUUUUGUUACAGUGGUGUAACAUGUGCUUUUAUGGGAACUGCUUCUUUUAUCAGGUCAGCAGAAGCUGCAACUGGUUUGUAGAACCCACAUUUCUAACUUGACUGAAUGUGUUUUAUGGUAGAACUAAAUUCUUACACCACAAAGAAAAUGUGGAUGGUAUAUCAGCAUCUGGUAGGGAUUCCUAACCUCCUUGGCUGGUGGGCAUAUUUUGAAUGUUGAGAAAGUAUUGCGAGUGCCUCGCAAAAGAACUGCUAAUGGGAAAAGAGCUGGCACAUUCAUAAAACGGUUGUGUCAGCAUAGCCAGUCACAAAACACCAGUCUUCCAGAAGGGAAGCUGGUCAUGGUAAAAAGUGUGUUGUCUAGGAACCCAAGUAGAAGGGAAGAGGCAGUGUUUAGCAAAGCCACUUUUCUAAGUUCCUUUGGAGGCCUUAAACUCCAAAAUGCAAAGCCACUUUUCUCAGUUCCCAAAUCUGUUUUCCAAAUGACAAACAAAGGCUCAAAAGAGAGCAGGGUGGCCAAGAAUUGAAGGCAAGACAGAGGCAGAAUAUGAGUUCCAUAUGUCAAGUUACACACAAACCCCAGAAAUGCAACAAAAUGGCCAUUACACACCUGCAAAGUUCUUCCUUGCCUCCAGGCAGCAGACACAGCACAGGUGAAACCACCUGCUUGCUUUAGUUGGCUAGGCUGUGUUUUGCUACCUCUCCAAGCAUACUCGCUUUUGUUCUGGACAUUUGCACACCUUAAAACCUAGAGGCUUUCUUAGAAAUAAAGAUGAUGCUGAAGUUAGCAUAUAAUUUUAUAGUAGAAUGGGGUUUUCUUCCCCCUAUUUAAUUUUGUAAGAUGUGAAAUUAAAAAAAACAGGGUUAGGAAAUCUAGGAGUUGCCAAGGAAGCAUCAGUGGGCAGCACCGAGCUAGUGGUCUACUGACAAACAGCACAGAUGCACGUGCGGGCUUUGUGAGCCUUCAGCAAUUUUCCCUUUGAGUACAGCAUGCAGGUGAGGAAUAUAGAUGUUAAGAGAGGAAUGGUCGUGUGCAGCCCUGGGAUAAGGCGGAGUUGAUAAAUAGCAUAGCACCAGAAAUCAAAAUGCUAUUAGCCAUAUUUACAUUACAGAAUAUUUCAAAAUCUGUGGCUUGCAAGCAAGCAUUCCGUUCUAACCAUGAAGGAGAAGUAUGCUUGGUUUUGGAGAUUCAUGUUGGUUCGUGCCAUGUGUAUGAGUGCAUGGUGUAUGGGCCAACCUAUCAGAAAAACAGCUUCAAGCACUUUUUUAUGUAAUAUGUUUGCUUAGGGUCUUCUGACCUUUUUGGUUAGAACGGCUAUAGACAUGUUUGGCCACUUUGACAGUUGCACUUUUACAUUCAGGAUAAUGCUGGGACCCUUGAGCAUUACUCCGGUUGUUUGUGAAUAUAAUGCUGCUGAACUGACUAAGUGUAGGGUGUAAAAUAAAGCCACUUCAUAAUGGAACAACA